AUGUCCUUGAUUUAUGCAGUCAUUGCAAGGGGAGUGGAUACAACCCUAGUUGAUUAUGAAAAUAAAGCCAGCAAUUUCCCAUCAAUAGCAAAUAAACUAUUUGAAAAAUUAUAAAGGGAGACUCGAUUAACAUAUAUUUACGAUAAUAAUUAUCAGAUCCAUUACAUCAAUUAAAAUGGUUUCACUUACUUAUGUUUGGCAGACACAUUAAUGCCAAAGGCUAUUGCCUUUGCAUUUUUAGAAGAUAUCAAAGACUAGUUUUGUUAGCAAUUUAAAGAAAAUGUUAGAAAACAAGCAGUUAAUUAUGGGAUGCAAAAUUAAUUUAAAGAGUGCUUGAAGAUCAAGAUGGAUCAUUAUAACAGUAAUCCAGAGUAAGAAAAAAUAGCCAGGUUAAAAGACCAAUUGGUAGAUGUAGCAAAUCAAAUGUCUCUGACUUUAGACGAAAUCUUAGCAAGAGACGAUUAAAUUUCGAUUUUAGUCCAUAACACUUAAAACUUUAAAGAACAAGCAGGUCAAAUGAAAAGAACAGCAACAUAAGUCAGAUAAGAUCAAGAGAGUAGAGCAUUAAAAACAAAAUUAUUUAUUGCUGCAGUUGUUGUUUCUAUGUUUUUGGUAAUUUAUUUUCUCUAUUGA